UAUAGUCAUUAAUGAAUACCUACCUAAUCAAUAAUAGUAUAGCUAUAGAAUUCUAUUAGAUCUAUAACUUAACCCUCAGGUUAUAGCGAAAUUUCGAAAAAAUAAUUUUGAGUUACAUAAACGCGCUCUAGCACGAUAAUGAUGGUCUAUAUAAUAUUAUAAUAUGUAUGUAGGUACAUUUGAUUUGUAUGGAAAACAUAAGUUUAUAAAGAAUAUGGGUACCAUAAAAAAAAAGAAAAAGAAAAAGAAAAAAAUCGGUCGCGUGAGAAAAAAAAGGAACAAAAAGGCGUCCAUUAAUGAAAAUUGACGGAAAUGGGUCCGAUGUUGGUAGAGUGGGGGGUAGAACGCGCGCGUACGUCAUAAUAAAUAUAAAUUACAAAAUUUAGGCGGUAGGUACCUGUGUAAUGUUUAUAUUACAUUAAUGUGCGUAUAGAUAGGUAAAAUUUGUUUUACUUUUCGUCUUUUCACACGAACACUUGUCUGUCUCCCACACCGUCGUUCUUACUCUUCCCCUCUCCAUCCCCGCGGCUGUCGAAUCGUCGACGUGCUACGCCACUACCGCCAAGUUUUAAAACGAAACGUCCGCGUUACCAUGUGACACAUUGCACGCGCGCGUCUAGCCGUCGUCGUCGUCGUCAGUACCAGUUACAGAUAUCUACGAAAUCGCACACACACACACACACAGACGUAACGUACAUAAUAAUGUUAUACAAGUGACAUAUACACAGAAUACGUAGCGCACCGUUCGGGUGUUCUCGUCGACGGAACGAGUCUUCGACCGUUGCCGUCCCGUACACGGUACACACCGCAACGUCCGCAACGCGAUCGCGGUAAAUAUAGACGUUACACGCGGUCACGCGGACCACGCGGACGACGACGAGCAGAAAGCUUGCAGUACUACAGUGCGGCGGACGCACGUCACUCGCAAGCUAGAAUCCGCUGCCGACCGAUCGUCACACACGCCAAGUUGCACGGCCCAUUAUGGACGCUUGCUUUAGCGCCUUCGAUAAGGACGGCGAUGGUUAUUUAAACAUUGAAGAGUUCGAUGGAAUCUGCAAAGGACUCUUCCGAAAUGACCGCGGAAUUGUGUAUAGUCUCGAUGUCCACACCCUCAAACAUAUAUUUAACAUAUUUGAUACGAAAAAGGACGGUUUGAUCGAUCGGCAAGAAUUCACAAUGUGUUGGAACAAAUGGAUCAAGACAAUUAUAAGACCUGUCAACAUAUUCCUUAUAAUCGACGUCCAAAACGAUUUUAUAUCUGGUUCGUUGAAUAUCAGCAACUGUUCUGCGCAACAGAAUGGAUUGGAGGUCAUCGAGCCUAUCAACCAUCUAUUGGAUACUGUCAAUUUCGAUUCUGUAUUUUAUUCAUUCGACUGGCACCCGAUCGAUCACAUAUCGUUCAUCGAGAACUUGUCUUUGCGUCCAUUAGACCCGUCGUCCCAGAUCAAAGCCGAUAACGCAAAAUUAUACGAUACCGUAAUAUUUGAGGGAUCUCCGAAGAUAAAACAACGUUUAUGGCCAAAGCACUGUGUCCAAGACUCGUGGGGUGCUCAACUCUAUAAAGACUUGAAGGUAGUGGAUAACGCAGUAAAAAUAUAUAAAGGAACGAUAUCGGACGUAGAUUCGUACUCGGUGUUUUGGGACAACAAAAAAUUAACCCAGACCACAUUAGGCACACAGUUAGCUCAGUUGAAUGCAACCGAUAUUUACGUGUGCGGGUUGGCGUACGAUGUUUGCGUCGGUGCGACCGCAGCGGAUGCGUUGUCCAUCGGAUAUAGAACAAUAUUGAUCGAUGACUGUUGCCGCGGCGUCGAUUUGAACGACAUUGAAAAGACCAAAAACAAUGUAAUCAAAAAUCACGGUGUCAUCGUUCAAUCACACGAGAUAAAAACAAUGGUCGAAGGGCGCGACAGGAGGCCUGAGCUGGGCUAUAAAUUGGCACUUGAAAUCGAAAAGUCUAUGAAAAAGGAUAAUUACAAAUAGGAUCGUAAAAUUAAAAUUUUAGUGAAACAGUAUCGUUGUAAUUAUUAAAAACUGUGUAAGAAAUCUCAUCGGUUAUUCAGUCAUCACUACAGUAUUCGAUUUGUUCUUAUUAUUUUUAGAUUUCUAUAAGAUUCUAGUGUCAACUUACUUGGAAACAUAAAGUAUUGUACUUAGUCAGAAAACCACAAAUUUUCUCAAUAAGUAAUCUUAAUAUAUUAUAUAAUAUAGAAAACAUAAUUUAUUUGUGUGCACUGAGUAUAUUUAAU